GAGGCCGGGCUGUGUCUCCGCAGCUCGGGGAGGGUGUGGGGGGCUUGGCCUGUGUGUGACAAGCAGUGCGCCCCCGCCGCUGUCACUCACUCGUUCUUCCUUCCAUCCCGGACUAAUCCUCGCUUGUCUCCCCCAACCCCCCUCUGCGACCCCUUCCCUUUCGUGUCAUCACCGUCACCCCGGGCCCCGCUUCGUGCUGGAGGAUGCUCUUGUUCGUAGAGGUGGCGUCAAAAGGUGCUGGUUUGAAUCCAAAUGCCAAAGUAUGGCAGGAAAUUCCACAAGGAAACACUGAAGUUUCACAAGCUGUCAAUGGCACUGAAGAUUCUUGGGAUGAGGCAGCAGCCGCAACAGAAUCUCAUACCGAAGGCAAUUUAGAAAGUCUGAACGAGGCUUGUAAACCGUUUGAAGUAAUGUAUUCCGCUUCUUGUGAAGUGAACAGUAAUGGUCUUCAUUUAGAGGAAACUGCGGCAAAUGGAAUGGACUUAUUAGUACAAGACGAACUUGGAUACCAAAUGUUUGACCCAUCAGGUGAUGGCACUUCAACAGUUCCGCAAGCUGUUUCUGCAGAGGACCUUAAAGAGUGUUUGAAGAAACAACUUGAAUUCUGCUUUUCAAGGGAGAACCUAUCAAAAGAUUUGUAUCUAAUGUCACAAAUGGAUAGUGAUCAAUUUGUACCUAUAUGGACUAUUGCAAACAUGGAAGGAAUUAAGAAGCUGACCACUGACAUGGACCUCAUUGUUGAUGUUCUGCGCUCGACUCCUGUGGUGCAAGUUGAUGAGAAAGGCGAGAAAGUGAGACCAAAUCAUAAGCGAUGUAUUAUCAUUCUACGUGAAAUCCCAGAAACCACUCCUGUAGAGGAGGUGAAAGCAUUAUUUGAUAAUGAAAAUUGCCCCAAAGUAAUAAGUUGUGAGUUUGCUCACAAUAACAACUGGUAUGUUACAUUCCAGUCCGAUACUGAUGCACAGCAGGCUUUUAGGUAUCUAAGGGAAGAAGUUAAAACAUUUCAGGACAAGCCAAUAAUGGCUCCUUUUCCUAAUGGUGGUUUUGUAAAUGGUUUUAAUUCUUCGGGAUCUUAUAAAACAAGUGCUGCUUCAAUAAGUAUAGGAAGACCUUUCCAUAGAGGCCGGAGAAGUGCUUUUAGAGGCAGAAGACGAAGAGAAGAGGACCGCACCACUCGCCCUUUGACCACAAUGGAAGAGAUGGCACCGACACCAAAGUUUGACUUAUUGGCAUCUAAUUUUCCUCCACUGCCUGGAAGUAUAGCAAGCACACCCGGAGAGCCUGUACUUGAAAGUAGGAUGGCUGAUGUUGUGAAAGGAAUUUACAAAGAAAAAGAGAAUAAAACAUUUCCUCCAACUAUGUCUACGCAUACUCAGGAUGAACCUGUAAAAAACACACUUCAGCAGUCUGUCACAUGCUCCAUGCACAGUACUGUGGAGGAUGUUACCCCACUUCCAGCUCCCCCUAGCAAUCCCAUUAAUGAGAAAAAGGCCACAGAAAUUUCUUGUCACAAAGAUGUUGCCAGCCAGACAUUGGCAGUGUUACCAGUGUGCAAUGCUACUUCUGUAAAACCACCCAAAACUACCACCACUGCACCUAUAGCAAGUGUGUCUCCUGCUCAGAGCACGCAGGAACCACGCAAAUUAAGUUAUGCUGAAGUAUGUCAGAGACCUCCCAAGGAGCUUGCACCAGCUUCAGUUCAGCCACUUCGUGAGCUUCGCUCCAACAUAGCACCACCUGCCAAAAAUGAAGAAAGCACUACUCCAGAGAAGAACACUGAAAAGCCCCAUGACAAGCUUGAAGGAAAAGUCAAAGAAUCCCCUGGACAUCGCAACAGUGGAACCCCCAGAGGAGGUGCAGGGAAAAUCAGGGAACAGAGACGACAGUUUGGACGCAGGUCUUCACCUCAGGGAGCAACACGGCGUAAUGGCAAGGAGCAAUAUGUGCCACCUAGAUCACCAAAGUAAAAACUUCUUCUUGUGUUUAAUUUAAAACUUCUAACUGGACUGAUGACCUCAAAGAAAGACUUUGAAAUUGGAAAUGGUCAUUAAAUUUGUCUUACCCAAUGUGGACAUAAUGGAAUCCAAAAUUCAUCUCAGAGAUAAUAGAUUUGAGGUGGUAGAGUUCCAGAUGUGAUUAAAGAGCAUAUAAAUUAGUAUGGUUUUUUUUUUUUUUUUCGUUUUUUCUUUUCAUCUUAAAUAUUUUACGUUGCAGAAGUUACCUGCCAUAUGUCAGUUUCAGGGUUGUGACAUAAACCUAGAAGACCCUCUAAAGAGGGUAAAAGAAAAUAUUUUUGAAAAA